AAAAGUGAAACUAACCCUGUUACACUGUCGAGAGGGAGCCAUGGCUUCAGAGAACCCCGUGGGAAGUCUCCAGUAUGAAGCUACUUGUCCCAUCUGUCUGGAGUAUUUUAAAGACCCAGUGAUUAUAGACUGCGGACACAAUUUCUGUCGAGCCUGCAUCACUCAGUGCUGGGAGGGAUUGCAUGCAAACUUCUCCUGUCCUCAGUGCAGAGAAACUGUUCACCAGAGAAACCUCAGGCCAAACAGGCAGUUGGCAAAUGUCCUAAAAAUAGCCAAACAACUGAGUUUACAGGUAAUGAAGGAUGCAGGAGGGGAGAGGGUGUGUGUGGAACACCAGGAGCCUCUCAAACUGUUCUGUGAAGAGGAUCAAACCCCUAUCUGUUUGAUAUGUGACAGAUCCCGGAUGCACAAAGCUCACACUGUGGUUCCCAUAGAGGAGGCUGCCCAGGAGUACAAGGAAAAGAUCCAGGCCCAUUUGAAGACACUAAGGAAAGAGAGAGAAAAGCUCUUGGGAUUUAAAGUGACUGGAGAGGAGAAAUUCCAGGAGUAUCUGAUACAGACGCAAACCGAGAGGCAGAAGAUUGUGUCUGAAUUUCAGCAACUGCGGCAGUUCUUGGAGGAACAAGAGCGACUCCUGUUGGCCCAGCUGGAGAAGCUGGACAAGGAGAUUGUGAAGAUACAGAAUGAAAAUAUCACUAAAUUCUCUGAAGAGAUUUCCCGUCUCAGUGAGCUGAUUAGUGAGAUGGAGGGGAAGUGUCAGAAGCCAGCCAGUGAAUUUCUGCAGGAUUUCAAAAGCACCUUGAGCAGGUGUGAGAAGGGGAAGUUCCAGCAGCCAGUGGAGAUUUCUCCUGAGCUGGAAAAGAGACUCAAGGAUUUCGCCCAGAAAAAUAUUGCUCUAACGGAGACCGUGAGGAAGUUCAAAGACAUGCUGCCCUCUGAAGUAGAGACAAGAAGAGGGAAAUCCCUAGGAUCAUACAGACCAGUGAAUGUGACUCUGGAUCCAGACACGGCUCAUCCCCAGCUCGUCCUGUCUGAGGAUCAGAAAAGUGUGAGAUGGGAAGACACGCGACAGGAUCUGCCCAAAAAUCCUGAGAGAUUUGACUCUGAGAUUUGUGUGCUGGGGUUUGAGGGAUUCACCUCAGGGAGACAUUGCUGGGGGGUGGAGGUGGGCAAUAGGGGAUACUGGGCUGUGGGAGUGGCCAGAGAAUCUGUGAGGAGGAAGGGAGGGAUCAGCCCUACCCCUGAGCAGGGAAUCUGGGCAGUGGAGCGGUGCUGGGAUCAGUUCCAGGCUCUCACUUCCCCUCGCACUCCUCUACCUGCGAGCUGGGUCCCCAGCAGGAUCCGGGUUUGUCUGGACUGUGAACGGGGGCAGGUGACAUUUUUCGAUGCUGGUGAUGAGACCCCACUGUUCACUUUCCCACUGGCCUUGGUCCCUGGGGAGAGAAUCCGACCCUGGCUCUGGGUGGGGGGAUCCCAGCUCAGACUGUGUCCCUGAGAGGGGUCGGGGAGGAGAUAUACCCUGGGGAUGUGAAAUUAGCAUCUCUGGCCUCACACUUAGAAUCAUAGAAUAUCAGGGUUGGAAGGGAGCUCAGGAGGUCAUCUAGUCCAACCCCCUGCUCAAAGCAGGACCAAUCCCCAACUAAAUCAUCCCAGCCAGCGCUUUGUCAAGCCUGACCUUAAAAACUUCUAAGGAAGGAGACUCCACCACCUCCCUAGGUAACGCAUUCCAGUGUUUCACCACCCUCCUAGUGAAAAAGUUUUUCCUAAUAUCCAACCUAAACCUCCCCCACUGCAACUUGAGACCAUCACUCCUCAUUCUGUCUGUCAUCUGCUACCACUGAGAACAGUCUAGAGCCAUCCUCUUUGGAACCCCCUUUCAGGGAGUUGAAAGCAGCUACCAAAUCCCCCCUCAUUCUUCUCUUCCGCAGACCAAACAAUCCCAGUUCCCUCAGCCUCUCCUCAUAAGUCAUGUGCCCAGCCCCCGAUCACUUCCUUUUUUCUAUGACCCUGGAAGUCUCCUGUCUUCCUGCAGACUUUCUACCCUGCAGUCUGUAGUGCCCUGGAGGCUCUGUGGGGUGCCUGACCUGUCAAACCAUAGCGAGCAGGGGGUGAUUGAGGUAGAGAAGACAAUCUCAUUGACCCAAGGAUUUUGUAGCCUUUUUGUCACUGUCCUCUCUGGCGCAGGAAGUCAGACUGUGGCACUGAGACAUGGUGGGAACAGCCCACUGGGAAUAAAAAAUGGGCUUCUCUAGCCUAAGUCAUCUUAGUGUCUGUGAUCAUGGAGGACUCUCAUCUACCUACCCCCUGGCUCAUCUCUUUGACCCUGGAGAACAUCUGUCCACCCAACCACGAAUACCUCAUCUCUAUGACACUCCUGCCUCCUCCCCCUGUGCAGCCCUAGGAAUGGGAAGGGGGAGGGGUUGAAGAACCUCUGGAGCAGCAGGAGGAGAAGAGGGACCCUGAUGGGGCAGACGUGGGGGAUGCAGGAUCAGAACUGAUGGAGGGUCAGGAGUGAUGUGGGGGCUGGGGCUCUAAUUACCAGUUGGGCUGGGGGACAGGCAGAUGUGGGGGGUGGCAGGGACACUGAACUAAUUAAUCGGGAGGUCUGGGGAGAAGCUGGAGAUCCAGGAACUGGUGAGUGUGACCUCCAGGCCACCAGGGAAGGGAUGCUAUGGUGAGGAGGAGCUUCUGGGAGGUGGGGGGUCGGGGUGGGGGCGGGGGGAGGGGGGAAUGUACUGACACUUUAUGAUAUUAUUGAUACCAGUGUUAUAAAUUUAAAAUGAAUCUUACCAGAUAUGCCGUAUAAGGUAUCAAUGAAAAUGUUAUGAUUUGCCAAGUAUGAUAAUCUUGUUUAUAUAUUUGUAUCAUCAUUGUACUGUGAAUUACAAAUGUGUGUGAUAUAUCUGU